AUGAAAUAUUAUUUUAAUUAACUUCAUUCACAAUUAUAUUAUUUUAUGCUGAUUGAAAAUUUAGCAAAUGAACUAUAAUGCUCAAUUUGGUUAGCUAUCAUAUAUAUUAUAAUAGCUUAAGUUUAUUUAGUCAUCCAUUUGUUAUUCCCUGUGGACAUAGUUUUUGCCGCGAUUGCAUUCAAAGUUAUGGAAGAGCAACCAAAUCUGCCAAAUGUCCUCUAUGCAAGUAACCCUUCAAUCUUGGCAAAAUCAAUCUUAACAUAUCACUUUAGGCUGUAUUGAAUGUAAUCGAUCAAGACAAUACCAAGAUGAAAGGAGAUGUCAGCAGAUAAAACUCAAAAUCUACUAAUUUUUUUAUUUGCACUUCAAAUUUAUCAGAUGAAUAGAAAGUACUAAAAUGAAUAAAUUUAGGAAUGCAUUGAAAGAUUUCAAAAACACUUCAAAAUAAAAUCUAAUUCAAACAUCAAUUCCAAGAUCACGCAUCUGAUAUCAGGCCCAGACAAUCCAAACAAACCUUUUAUAGCCAGAAGAACCUUAAAGUACUUGGAAGCACUGGCUCGCGGAAUUUGGAUUGUUAAUAUAGAUUGGGUUAUAGAAAGUCUCAAAUGCGAUAAAAUUUUAAGCGAGGAUGAGUUCGAAAUCAGGGGAGACGAAUUCCCAACACUCACUCCUAAAAUAUCAAGAACUAGAGGUGGGAUGUACGAUUUCCUAAGAAACUACGAAUUCGCUAUUGAAGUAGGAAAUAUUAAUAAGACCAUAAUUAAUCAGGACUAUGUUGAAACCUUAAUAUUACUUUGUGGUGGCAACAUCGUAAGUCAAAAGGAGAAGACUCAAAAUACUAUUAUAAUUAAAAUAGUUUAAGACCCUCAAAUGAAUCAUACUCGAAUCGAGUGCAUUCCAAUGAUUGUCAAUUAAAAAUGGUUGUUUGAUAGUAUCAGCAAGUUCAACAUGUAAAACUAUUUUGGCUAUUUAAUAAGAAUUUGA